AUUUGAGUAGUUUUUUAUUACUUGAUAUCAGACUUGACUCUUGUUCAAUGCUAAACUUCAUGCCGUGUGUGAUGCUCUCAUUGAGGAAGCAAUCCACAACAUAAGUCCCUGUAUUGACUUACCAUAGCAGCUAAAGGGCAGCAUAGUGGGGUUGCUGUAUCCUGUAAUGGGAGCCAUCCCUCCCCAAUCCUUAAUGAGCUCAUUCUGUAUUAAUUGUAAUGUCAAAGUGACUUCUUAAUUACUAAAAGGUAAACUAACUCGAAUCAUUCGAUUUAAAAGCCUCCACAAGCCCAGGUUGUGGUGUUCUACCAGCAAUAUAGGCCUAUCAAUCAAUCAGUCAGUUCCUUGGCUAUUUUGGUAUCGUAACGAAGCUAUUGCAGUUUCUCAUCAUCACCCUAUUUAAUGUUAUUUGUAAACAGGGCUACGGCAUUGCAGUGUAUCUUAUUUCUUCACGGCUCUUGCUGUAACGCGGCUAUUCUUAAAUAGCUUUCUGGGUACAUGCAGUGGACCGACGCGGGGACGGAGAGUUAGCGGUGGGCGUGGCGUGGGCGUGGUUUGGUGUGGGCGGAGACUGGGUACCAUAGAGCGCUGCAUGACCGUCUAUUUCGGGCUUCAGCAGCACGGGAGAAAUAUGGCAGUGACUACUUGCACACGUUUUACAGAUGAAUUCCAGCUUUAUGAAGAACUUGGCAAGGGAGCCUUUUCAGUGGUGCGCCGCUGUGUCAAACUCUGCUCGGGCCAAGAGUAUGCAGCAAAGAUCAUCAACACCAAGAAGCUCUCGGCCAGAGACCACCAGAAACUGGACCGGGAGGCCAGGAUCUGCCGGUUGCUGAAACACUCCAACAUCGUUCGUCUUCAUGACAGUAUUUCGGAGGAAGGUUUCCACUACCUGCUGUUCGAUCUUGUGACCGGUGGGGAGCUGUUUGAGGACAUCGUGGCGAGGGAGUACUACAGUGAGGCGGACGCCAGUCAUUGUAUCCAUCAGAUUCUAGACAGUGUGUGUUACACCCACCAACAUGACAUAGUGCACAGGGACCUCAAGCCAGAGAACCUGUUGCUGGCCAGUAAGUGUAAGAACGCGGCGGUGAAGCUGGCCGACUUCGGCCUGGCCAUCGAGGUGCAGGGGGAGCAGCAGGCCUGGUUUGGGUUCGCCGGGACCCCAGGUUACCUGUCUCCAGAGGUGCUGAGGAAGGAGGCGUACGGGAAACCUGUCGACAUCUGGGCCUGCGGAGUGAUCCUGUACAUCCUCCUGGUGGGCUAUCCUCCAUUCUGGGAUGAAGACCAACACAAGCUGUACCAGCAGAUCAAAGCCGGGGCCUACGACUUCCCCUCCCCAGAGUGGGACACGGUGACCCCGGAGGUGAAGAAUCUGAUCAACCAGAUGCUGACCAUCAACCCGUCCAAGAGGAUCACCGCUCAGGAGGCCCUGAAACACCCAUGGAUCUGUCAACGUUCCACUGUGGCCUCCAUGAUGCACAGACAGGAGACAGUGGAAUGUCUCAAGAAGUUCAACGCCAGGAGGAAACUCAAGGGGGCCAUUUUGACGACGAUGCUGGUGUCCAGGAACUUUUCCGUGGGUCGACAGACCACAGCUCCAGCCUCGAUGAGCGCCGUAGCUGGAACCACCGCAGGGAUAGUGGAACAAGCAGCCAAGAGUCUCCUGAAUAAGAAGGUGGACGUCAAGCCUCAGAGCAACAGCGCCAGAAACAGCACGGUGACCAGCCCCAAAGGAAGCGGGACCACCGCAGCCCUGGAGCCUCAGACCACCGUUAUCCAUAACCCAGUGGAUAGGACCAAGGGAUCUUCGGACAGCAGCAGCACCACCAUUGAGGAUGAAGACGUGAAAGCUCGUAAACAGGAGAUAGUGAAGAUCACCGAGCAGCUCAUCGAGGCGGUGAACAACGGCGACUUCGAGGCCUACGCGAAGAUCUGUGACCCCGGGCUGACCUCGUUUGAGCCAGAGGGACUGGGAAACCUGGUGGAAGGGAUGGACUUCCACAGGUUCUACUUUGACAACCUGCUGUCUAAAAACAGUAAGCCCAUCCACACCACCAUCCUGAACCCCCACGUCCACAUCAUCGGGGACGACGCCGCCUGCAUCGCCUACAUCCGCCUCACGCAGUUCGUGGAUGGCCAGGGCCGCCCCCGCUCCAGCCAAUCAGAAGAGACACGGGUGUGGCAUCGCCGGGAGAGCCGGUGGCAGAACGUCCACUUCCACUGUUCUGGAGCCCCGGCCGCCCCCCUCCAGGGAUGAGCCUCCAGCAGGACCACCCCUCUACCGGCCAGGACCGCUCCUGCCUCGCGAUGCCCACUGACGACUCACCAGAUCAGGGCCAAACAUCCACACAGGGUCCCUUGAACAGACCCUUUUCAUGGAGCCGCUGUCCAGAACACAAACCUUUACAUGUGGGGCCACAGUGGUACACGCUCAUGGCCUGACACACACACACACACACACACACACACACACACACACACACACACACACACACACACACACACACACACACACACACACACACACACACACACACACACACUCUCUUCAUCUGGGCGGAUCACUCCAUUAACAGUGCUGUAGGUACGAUUUGAGAGUUGCAAAGAGAGUACAAGAGAGACUUGGAAAAUAAACAACACAAAAAAAAGAAAUCCCUCUCUUCUCUCUCCGUCCCUCGUUUCUCCGCCGUUGAGAGGUGUCCACCUGUGAUUGACAGGCAAGAUUCCCCCAAACCAAUUAGGGAGGAGAUGCCCUGAUUGGGCAGAUAAUUUCCAGGGGCGGUCUAAGAUUGAGUUGGUCUCAUAUGGAGGCAGGUGCAGUCCACUAGAAACAGAUAUUUUCACAGCGCAUUUCACUGGUCAGACGGAUGGCUCUGGCGUUUACAAAAAAUUACAAUCUUCAUUAUAAAUCACAGAAAUUAUCUAGGAAUUCAAGCUCUUGAAUCUUACCUACAACACCUUCCACUUAACUGAACCCCUCAUACCAAUAUUAAAAUGCCUGCAGUCUAUGGUUGUCGUAAAACGUUGAAAACUUGUACAUAUUAUUUAAUGGUUUAUUCAAACUUCCUUGAUUUGGAUUCAAGAGUUCCCUCUUUUCUAAGACAAUGUGCAUGACUCUCUGUGCCUCUGUGGAUUGAACCCGUGUCCGUUUUCUGCACGAUUAAGACUGACCCCGUGUCGAAUCUACCUAUGAAUGAAUACCAUAAUAAUCCCGUGUCAUGUUGAUGUGUGCGCGAGCACGGCAGCGGUGUGAAUAUAUCCUCUGUGUUGACCUCUAACCUUUAACCUUUUGAUCCGAUGGCUAUUUGAUUGAGUAUCGUCGGGCCCCACCCCCCUCCGCUUUCCCCCACUGACUAUAACCCAUCCACCGUGACCUUUGAACCUGCUCGGUGAGAGAUGAGACACACCUACCACCUAUCAAUCGUCUUACAGCAUGCUACGCUAUCGUUGUGCUACUUACUACUUGAUACUUUACGUAUAAAACAACCUGACAAACUUCCGUUAUGAAAUGACAGAGUGUCGGGUAUGCACCUUAUAAGAUACACCGUGUAAAACCAUUUCCACGUGAUGACUUAUGAAUAUCAUUCACUUAUAGACGGUGAACUAUCUGCAUGUCAUGCAAUCAUGUUAAUAAUACAGUAUACACUGAUGAGUUGGGUGUUGUGUGUUAGGAUUGGUCGAUCGAUUGAUUUCUGACGGUGGCUGCUGGUGACUUAUACACUCUGCUUCUAUAUUUUCUGAUCUUUGUAAUUGUACAAGAUGUAUUGUUCUCCUAUGAUUACGCUGUCAUGGAUGAGAAAGAGACGUUCAUUAAACAAUUGAGCUGGA